AGAAGCUUCCGGAAAGAUGCCGCUUCCAAUCCAUCCGGGAUUAUUUCAGGGUGCUGUUGAGCCCAUGCAGGUGGAUGCUCAACCAGAAGAGAAUGACAAUGUGGAGGAUAACCAGUACCAAGUUGAAAAUACAUCAUUAGAUUUGGAGCAGUAUGCAAGUCAGUACACGGGAUUGGCCCGGUUAAAGAGACAGCUGUUUAUUGCCGAACACUGUCCCAGUCUCCGUGUUGAAGCACUACGAAUGGCUCUUUCCUAUGUAAUGACAACAUACAACACAAACUUGUACCAAGAAAUCCACAGAAAGCUUCAGGAAGCUGUGGCUUCUUCAUCAAGUUUACCGGAUGCUGUUGCUGGAGUUGUUCACAAUAUGCCAGCUCUAGAUACGCAAUGGAUAGAAACAACGGCAAAGAAAGCAGCGCUGAAGUUAGAGAAGCUAGAUACAGAUCUGAAAAACUAUAAAAGUAAUUCUAUCAAAGAAAGUAUAAGACGAGGCCAUGACGAUCUUGGUGAUCACCAUUUGGACUGCGGAGAUUUAAGCAAUGCACUUAAGUGUUAUUCCAGGGCUAGAGAUUAUUGCACAAUCUCUAAACAUGUAGUCAAUAUGUGUCUAAAUGUUAUCAAGGUUAGUGUGUAUCUACAAAACUGGUCCCAUGUACAAAGUUAUGUAAAUAAAGCAGAGAGCACACCAGAGAUGGCUGAGCAUGGAAAAGAUGGGGGACAAGCAGUUUUAACCAAAUUGAAAUGUGCUGCAGGUUUAGCAGACCUUGCCACAAAGAAAUACAAAUCUGCUGCCAAAUACUUCUUGCAAGCAAAUUUUGACUUUUGUGACUUUCCUGAGUUGCUGUCUGCUAGUAACGUGGCCACCUAUGGUGUUUUUUGUGCUUUGGCUUCAUUUGACAGGCAGGAGUUACAGAAAAAUGUUAUAUCUAGCAGUUCUUUUAAAUUGUUCUUGGAAUUGGAACCACAGUUACGAGACAUUCUUCACAAAUUUUAUGAGUCAAAAUAUGCAUCAUGUUUAAGGCUUCUAGGAGAAAUCAAGGACAACCUGUUACUGGAUAUGUAUUUAGCUCCCCAUGUUAAUGUAUUGUACUCUCAAAUUCGCAACAGAGCACUUUGUCAGUACUUCAGCCCUUACCUGUCAGCAGACAUGAGGAAAAUGGCUGAGGCCUUCAACACGUCAGUUACUGGUCUGGAGGAUGAGCUCAUGCAGCUUAUUUUGGAGGGGCAGAUUAAUGCUAGAAUAGAUUCUCACAACAAAAUUUUAUAUGCAAAAGAUACAGAUCAAAGAAGUACAACAUUUGAAAAGUCACUUUCCAUGGGCAAGGAAUACCAAAGGCGAACAAGGGCUCUUAUAUUGAGGUCUGCGAUUUUGAAAAACCAGAUUCAUGUCAAGGGACCGCCAAGAGAUGGAGGUCAGGGAGGGGAAAUGUCCAUUGCACCAGGAACAGCUUCAUCAGUGAGGAACUGACCUCUGGUGACAGAGUGUGUGUCUAGUAUGGUGCCUGCAUACUAUACACCUUGAGAGACUUCCAGCAACUGUGAUACAAGGAUCCAGUUAUAGUAUGCGAUCGGUGAAAGUGUAGUCCUAGCCAGGUCUUUAUAUCCGCAUUCAGCAGCAAAGAGAAUACAUAGUAAAACCACACAGCCACUUAUCCAGGAGUCUUGGAGAUAAGGACACUCAUUCUGUGCUGUUACCUUUCCACAGGACAGUUUUGUGAUAUAUGUUUACUUGUUGAACAGUCUGUUGAUAAUGUGAUACAAAAUUUCUUCAGAAUUUAAAAUUCAAACCCCACCAUUGCAACCAAUUCUAAAUUUUGUGAAAAAUCACUGGUGAUGUUAUUGUGAUUUUCAGCGAUGAUAAUUCUAGAUAUCAAAAUAUCUGAAAAAAAAACUGCAGACAAAGUGGAAAGUCCUGAUUGGACAUUCAUUUAUCAUUACAGGCCAUACUCGGGGAGAAUAUGGAUAUUUCUGUGGACAGGGGUCAGACGACCUAUUUCUGAUCUGGGCCUAGAUUUAGACCCAACAGUUAAAGUGUAGGUGAAUUCUAUGAACAAGUGAAUUAUUGGUGGAAUUUUGUGGUAGAGUAUUGCUCUACAGACAUCUAAGUGCUAUUUACCCUGAUUUGUAGUUGAAUGAGGAACGGUGAGUGACAGUAUGCUAUGCGAGCAGUAUGUCUUUAUUUUAUGCAAGUAUACUGAAACCACCAUUUACUCUCCAUAUGCUUAUUGUAUGUAGAUUGAUUGAAAUGUAUGGAAAGUGAGAUUAUAUUUGCGUAAAAAUGUACAUGCUGGCUUUACUCUGUGAUUUUAUAUUACCUAAAAGAUUCAAUAUUUUUUAAUGAACGAAUGUGAUCGCAGAUGUGUCAGUAUGUGGAACAAGUGCUUUGAUAUUGAAAAUAUCAAGUUUUUGCUGGAAUAUUUUGUCUUUAUUUGCAGAAUGUUACAAGAAUCAGAGAAAUAUCAUUAUUACUUGUAGGAUGCUUUACAAUUUCCAGUGAUAUUGUGCUAUACCCUCACCUCUGUUAUUUAUUAUGCCGUUUUCACCUCACAUGGGACAGAAAAGUGUUUCUUGUACCCUGCAUUUAAAAGUGAUGAUCCAAUUAAUCAAUUGUCAAUGAUUGAUGUUUUUUUGUCUUUGAUAUUUAUGAUCCAAUCCUUUUACUAAUUUCUAGGUAAAAACUCAUUCUCGUAAAGUAUAGUCCUAAAACCAAUAUGCUAAAACAGUCAUAUGACACAAGAUCAGACUAAUCUUUUCAUUCUUUUUUUUUCCAUUUAAUAACUUGAGAGAAAUCCCUCAUUUGUCAACGCAAUCCUAUCAACUGGAGCUGAAAUAAGUAAAGACUGAAAAAUAUUUUUCAGGGAUAAAUUAUUUUGCUUUUACAGUUGAAAUUACACUUUAAGGCAAAGCAGAUCAGGAGAACAUUUUGUCAGCUGAAUGAAAAACAAAUCCAUAUUAAACAUAUAAUGACUAAUUAUUGAUUGAUAAAAAAUUAGGAAGAGGUUCAACCAUGCUUUUUAUAUAAUUUUCUACCACUACUUUGUACAAGUUUAAACUUUUAAGAUCUAAUUAUAAUUGGUCCUGUCAGUGAAUUUGGUGCCAAAGAUUAGUAUAUUAGGUGUCUCAAGCUACCGACUAACUAAUGAUACUAUCACAGGCAAAAUGGUGAUGCAUUCAAAUACAAGGAAUGAUUGAAUUAGCAAAAUUAUAUCUUUUUUGUUACACAGAAUAAUUCUCACAAAUAUUUAUGUGAUUACAAAGGUUUUAAAAAAUAUCUUUAAAUACUUUUUAUUAGGAUCAUGAGUGCAAGAUCUUUCAAGAAAGAAAGAAAUAUAGAGUUAAAGAAAAAGAAUUAAUAUUAAGCAGUUAUCAUGACAAUAUAGAUUGCAUGUUGAUUCAAGUAACUUAGAUUAGAACCUUAUGUAUAUAAAGAGGAAUAAUGAUGUUGGAUAUAUUUUUCCUGGUUCCUUGUGGUAGAUUAUCAGUACUGCUGAUGUGUUUGAUGAAUAGCUCAAUGCAUUUACUGGUAUAUGCUACCAUUGUAAUUGUAGUGUACAGUUAGAUGUGUACUAGACAAUCUUGAUACCAGGCCUUAUGAUUAAAACCUGACAUAUAAAGAUAUUACCUAAUGAAAAAUGAAAAAGUUUGACUGGAUGGAAAAUUUGUAAACCUAUUUAAUCAAAAUUACUGGAUGAAAAAAUUGUUAACCUACACCAUAUUAAUUUGGCUGGAUGAAAAAGAUGUGAAAAAUAAUUACCAUGGUAAAUGUGAUAUAUAUUGAAUGUUAAUAACCCGCAGAUUAGACCUUGAUAGUAGAUGCUCAUUUUUAUUCCUGUUACCCAUUUAAAUCUCCACACACCAUAUACGAGCAGGAAAUAUAGGUUAAUGCAUUUGAAUGAGUAUUCACAUUUCUCGAAAUUUCAAGUUAACUUUAGACUGUUUUUUUUAAUUGCUUGAAACAUGUCAAUUCAAUGUUGCUUACAUUUAAAUGUUAAAGCAGUAAGUUAAUAGGUAUGGUAUAUCGACUGAAAAAUGUUCAGUAUCACAGCAUAAGUAAGGAGCAAGGUAUUGAAGACUAGGGACUGUUUCUUUCAUAUUGGAAAUAGCAUCUGUUAGUAACAAGGUGCCUGCAUUUUCUCUAGGCUAAUUCAGAAUUUAGAAAGGCAAUAUUUAUUGUUCUGGUUAUAAUACUAGCUAUGUUAACAGUUCUAAAGGCUUACUGAUAUACAACUUUUGCAAAACAAACAUGUUUCAGUGUAAAAUUUAGAACAAUAGUACUGGUUUUAAACCUGUGAAGGUUCACUCUAUUCCUUAGCAAAGAUGUUUGUGAACCUAUUGCUAAGUCUUGGAAAAAUUGUUACUAUUAUAUAAAUGGCAGGAGACAGCUACUAGAGACUUAAAUGUUUUGAGAAACACAGAUUUGUGAGAAUUUGUGUAUUUACAACACACAAAAUAUGUGAAAAUAUACAUAUUCUGAUUUCAUUUAAACUGUUUGACAAUUUUACUUAAGCUCACUCUUAAUUCACUUCCUGAAGUUAUUCAGUCCAAAAAUACUGACAAAUGUCAUAUCAAUUUAGUCUAAAGCAGAUCUCUUAUUGCACUUUGAUAGAUUAGAAAUCAAACAUGUAAUUAAUGUAGCUGAAAUGAUUUUUCUGUUUUGAUUGAUCUAAUUUAAGCCAUGCCAUUGUUUUGCCAUUGAGACAUAGAAACAAAGGGUUCAUAAUUUAUGUGUUAUCGCAUUUAAUCUUUGUCAGUUCAAUAUUCCCCAUGCAACUUUAUAGCAAGAAAUAGCAAAAUAUUGACUAAAUAAUAGUUAUUUUCUUUUUUCCCAUGUAUUCUUUAUAUAAUAGAUUGUAAUGUGGAAAUUUCAAGAUGUUAUUGCCAGCAUGGUUGUAGAUGAUUGAGGAGUUCAUAAAAGCAGUUAAAACUUCUUUAUAUUCAAAUUACAUGUUUAUCUGUCAGAAGUUCCCUUAUCACAUGGUUUACAGCACUGUUUCAGGGUAUUUACAGUUCAACAUGGCUGAUACCAGCUGAAUUUUCUGUUAUAAAAUUCCAGUGGAUAUUAACAAGUAAUUCAUUAGUUCACAACCAUCAGGAUAGGUAUCUUGAGGCGCUAGGACUUAUCAUAAAGGUUGUUAGAUAUCUUUCGACGACCAGGUCAUAAUGAGAAAACGUUGGUGGUAAAUUCAGAGAAUGAUUUCUGUGAAUCCCAUUAAAAUAAGUCUGAUCUGUUUCCUGUUGUGUUGAAGUAACAAAUAUUUAUCAAAGAUAGUCUGCAAAAUGUGAUUUUUCAGAGCUUCAGCUUGGGUGUAAUGUUGUAUAACACUGCCAAAAAGUGCAUCACUGUCAUGUCAGCAGCCAUUUCAUCCUGAAUGAGGAUGGAUUGCUCAUGUUGUACUUAUUUGGAUCUACACAUUCUUACAGCAUCUUGGUAAAGUCUUCAAUAAUAAAUCUGUUUAUAAAUAAAUGAAGUAUUAUUUU